CCUUCACACACAACACAAUCACUAUCUAUCUUAUAUUUAUAUUAGAAAUUUUGAUUUUGAUAAAAAUGACGGGUGUACUUUUCCGGACCGGUUCAGGACCGAUUCACUCGUCCCUGUUGCCCGGUUCAGCGAGAAUCGCCGUUCCUCUUCGUCACGAUUCGUUUUCCGGUGGUGAGAAGAUGGAUUUUUCGGGUUUGUGUUUGGAGGUUAACAACAACAACAGUCGUCGGAGAAUCACUAGAGCUAUAUCUGAGCCGAAGGAAAUUAAUAGACUGAGGUCAAUCAGUACGGGAUCGCAAACUUUUCCGGAAAUGUUACCGGAGGUGGAUGAGGAAUCGUUGUCGGAUGAGGAUGUAGUUGGAAGUACUGGAACGUUGAAGUUUGCGGAGAAAUGUUUUGAUCGGAUGAGUUGGAUACCGGGAAGUGGAAUCUCAGUGGAGGAGACGCAGUUUUCCGGUGUCGGUAGUGGAAGUGGACGAGAUCGCGAUGGUUUCGGUUCAGGAGGUUCUUCUUCCGAUCGCGAACGGAAGAAAAUCGGUGAGUACUAUCUUCAAAUGUUGAAGUCGAACCCUAACGAUCCUCUUAUCCUACGGAACUAUGGAAAAUACUUGCACGAGGUAGAAGGAGACAGUGUUAAAGCGGAGGAGUACUACGGAAGAGCGAUACUAGCGAGUCCUGGAGACGGAGAACUUCUAUCGUUGUAUGGUAAACUAAUUUGGGAUACAGAGAAAGACGGAGAGCGAGCUAAAUCUUACUUCGAUCAGGCUGUUAGCGCAUCUCCUGAUGAUUGUAUGGUGAUGGGAUCAUACGCGCAAUUCAUGUGGGAAGCAGAAGAAGACGAAGAUGACGAAGAAGAAUCUGGAUCUAAGGUGACGUUGCUUCCUGCAUCACAACCGAUGGUUUCAGCGUUCUAGGUUCGAAUCCAUCUUAUUUCAGAUUUUCUCUAUCUCGAUCUCCUCAUGCAGUUGCAGAUAGAUUGACGAUGAUUAAGUUGCUAACAUCGAUGUACGUUUAAGUAUAUGAAAAAUAUAACUACUUCAAAAUAAAAUCGGAAUGAUUAUUAUCUGAUCUAAUUAGCCUGAUCAUAACUUUAGAUCUUCCGAUGCUUUUAUCAAUAGGAAUGAAUUGUAUUCGAUGAAAGAGAGAAAUCUGAAAUUGUACAGAGCACGAUGGCUAUGGUGUACGGCCAAUCAGUUUAAUAAAUUUAAAGCUCUCCUUUAAUUUUUA